UUAUGAUCAAAAUCGUCAUAUCUCUAUUCUUUAUUGGAUGUUUGGGAAGUAGUGGAUAAUUCUAUCUAUCAAAUAAAUGCACUUGUGAAUAAUUGUCUUAUUAGAGUGAUUGUACAACUAUGGGACCCUAAUGUACAUGGAAUGGAAGUUCAUGUUCUACUUUAGAUUGUGAUAAGAUAACUGAUUCUAUAGCAUGUGCUGCUAAUUUGAAAUGUAUGUGGACAACAACAUCAAGUGGAACUUCUUGUAAGCCUUUUACCUUCUGUAGUCAAUUUUAAGGAUCAACUUAAAGGUAAUGUUUGUAAAUUUCUAAUAAUUGUCCAUUCAGUGAUGGUACAAAGUGUGGUUCUUCAAAUCAAUUAUAUUCUUGUUCACACUUCAUUGCUAAAUAGUAUUGUGAGGGAUAUAUCUCAUAAGAUGGAAUAUGUAUGUGGAGAGAUGACACAAAUUGUACAGCAGCAUAAAGUUGCACAUCAUUAAAUUAAUAAGAAUGUGCAACAGCCCCAUAAGGAUGUAAAUAUACUAGCAAUACUUGUUCCUAAUUAUUAUGUAGUGAUUACACAACCUAGUAGAGUUGCACUUAUGUUUUGGAUGUUAUCUAUAAAGGUUAUUACCAAUUAUGUAGUUGGGAUUCUACUGCAGGGAAAUGUUCAGCUGCUUAAAAUUAUGGAGGAUUAGGAUAAGGAAACUGUUAUACAAUGACUUUGGGUACUUCUAGAUGGGUUUCUACUUCUACUGGAGGAGAAUGUAAACCUUGCUAUUCUUAAAUUGUAUUUGCUUUAAUCACCGCAUUAGUCAUAUUUAUGAUUUGAU